AAAAACAAGAAAAUAUUGAGCUGUGUUUGGGUUAAGGGUUUUUUUCAAUAGUCGUGUCCGCAAUCUCUACGUAAUAACACACACCCGCCAAACACAACCCAAACCUCGUUUAAGUCCUUCGCACCCGUUUUGCAGUUAAGAAAAACCCGCCAACGAACAACGUGAUCAAGGAAUGGAUGUGGCACAUUGUAAUUUGGAGGGCAAUGCCGAUGCCGUAGAGUUUUGCCCGCACGAUUCAUACCGCCAUGUUCUGGCAGCUUCAACGUACACGCUGCGAGAGGGUGAACGACCGAUCCGAGCUGGAAGUAUAUCGCUUUUCAACGUUGGUGCUGACUUGGGUCGGCUUGAUUUGUUUCAGCGGAUUGAAACGGCAGGGAUUUUCGAUAUAAAGUGGAACCCAGUUGGAGACAGCGUGAGUCCUCUUCUUGCUCUAGCCGACGCUGAUGGUUACUUGAGAAUUCACGGUCUGGAAUCCUGCUCGGAUGAAGCACAAGGGUUUUCUUUGAGGAAGAUAACUGAUGAAAAGAUCAGUUCAUCCAUGUGCCUUUUCCUGGAUUGGAACCCUUCAGCCACUUCUAUCACCGUGGGGCUUUCGAAUGGUUCAGUCGUGAUAGCUUCAAUUGGGGAAUCCCAAAUUGAGACACAAGAAACAUGGAAAGCGCACGAUUUUGAGGUUUGGACAGCUUCCUAUGAUAUCCACCAGCCCCAGUUGGUGUACAGUGGUUCAGAUGACUGCAAAUUCAAAUGCUGGGAUUUGCGAGAUGGUCCUUCGAAGUUGGCGUUUCAGAACACCAAGGCCCAUACAAUGGGAGUUUGCUGCAUAGCCAAAAAUCCCUACGAUUCGAAUAGUGUAGUUACUGGCAGCUAUGAUGAGUACCUGAGGUUGUGGGAUGUAAGAUCAAUAUCAACACCAGUUAAUGAAACCUCUGUUUGCUUAGGGGGAGGAGUGUGGAGGAUCAAGUUCCAUCCUUUUGUGGCCGGUCUCGUCUUGACAGCUUGUAUGCACAACGGAUUUUCGAUAGUCAACAUUAAUGAGGAUAAAACUGAAGUGAUUGAAACGUACAGCAAGCACGAGUCACUUGCAUAUGGAGCUGACUGGCACAGAGACAAAUCGUUCCAUGAAGGCAAAAGGAAUAGCACUUUAGUUGCUACUUGCUCAUUUUAUGACCGUCUUCUUCGUUUAUGGAUGCCAGAAAGUGAUUUACAGGAUUCUGUGCUUUGAGUACAUCAUUUUAGUUGAGCUGGGAACGAUCCAAUGGCGUCAAUUUGACAGAUUCUGCAUUCGCACAUUAUUAGGUACGGAUUAGUCAUGAACCCUAUCUUUUUUCGUUCAAGUUAAUACGAGACUUUCAAAUUCUGGCUAUGUUAAGGUUAAACAACGAACAUGAUUACUACUUUAUGAUCUAAAGCUAAGACAGGAACCCAUGAAACAUGGUCUGCUUUUGCUUCUA